CUUUACCUAAAAAAUAGGACUAGACUGUAAACGAAAGCCGCAACGGUUGACUUUAAGAGUAGAAUUAUAGGUUUUCUUUUCUUUUGACUUUAGGCAUCCCUCCAUUUUGAGAUGGAAUUCGGAUCUUUUAAAUGACAUUCUGCCUGUAGCCUUCUGGGUGUAUCGCGGGAAAGAACAAUCGAGGUUGUGUUAGCGGUUUUAUGUCGGCUGGGUUUGAUUUGGUUCUGAUCGGGGCUCUGUUGAAGGUCAGGAGCCUUUUCUCUGUUGCUACUUUUUCUGCGUUGUUUGCUCUCUUCUGCUGCUGCUGCUGCUGCUGCAUACUUCUCUGCUUUUUCGGGCAGAGGUUGAAUCUGUUGAAGAUGGAGAAAAUAAUCGGAACGAUGGAUGAGAGAGGGGGGGAAUACAGAAGCAGUUGUCGACGAGGUAAUUGAAGGUGUGGCCGUCGCAGUUGUAGGUGAACCUUUUGUUGGGCAGCUGGUCUGAUGCGGUGCCUGAUUUAGGGUUUUUUUUUUCCUUCUGCAAAGUCCUAUUUAGGGUUUUGUUUUUAUUUAUUUAUUUAUUUAUCUUGGUUGGGCAGCUGGGGUAUGUAAAGAGGAAAAGUGGGAGGAGAGAUAAUACUAAGGCGGUGGAUUGCCCUGAGUAGAACACAAUGGGAAGACGAAAAAGUUAGUAGAAGACGCAGGAGAUGAAAAAGUUAAAGCGGUCUUCCAGAAAUUGAAGGCGGCGGUGGAACAUGGAGGGAUGAAACGGUGAUUUUGAUAUGCAUGUAGGGGCCAAAUGGAAAGCAUAAUGUCAGAGCAAAAAACACCCUUUCAUGAGAAGAUUGACGGCUUUUAUAUAAUAUAGAAUGAAUGAUAUAUAUGUAUAUAUAAUUGUCACCUAAACCAACUGCCAAUUUUGUUUUCCCACAUGAUCAAAAGAAAUAUAUAUUUUUUCCCACAAGCAUUCCAAUAGAAGGACCACUGGCUGAGGCUCGAACAUGAACUCUGACAAAAUGUUGAAGAUUUUGAUUUUAGUCUUUCUAUUCUUCUUCCCAUUCUGCAGUUCCACUGAAACCUUAACACAAAACCAAUCCAUCAAAGACGGCCAAACUUUGAUAUCCAAAGAAAAGAACUUCUCCAUUGGCUUCUUCAGCCCAGCCAACUCCAGCUAUCGUUAUCUUGGUAUUUGGUUCGCCAAAGUGACAGAACUGACUGUGGUUUGGGUUGCAAACAGGAACGAUCCUUUCAAUGAUUCCUCGGGAGUUCUCUCGAUCAUGCAGGAUGGAAAUCUUGUUCUUCAUGACGGCUUUAACCGUUCUCUCUGGUCUACAAAUGUUUCAGUUCAAGGGCAAGCCUCCACUGCAGCUCAGCUCCUGGAUUCAGGAAACCUAGUACUGGUCCAGGAAAACAACAAAACGGUGUUAUGGCAAAGCUUUGACUAUCCGACAGACACUUGGCUGCCCAACAUGUCGAUUGGUUUGAAUUGGAGAACCGGGCUCGACAGAUUCUUAACAUCUUGGAAGUCCCGAGAUGACCCCGGAACUGGGGACUGUAUCUUUAAGCUAAAUCUUAAUGAGACGCCACAGUUCUUCUUUUACAAGGGUUCGAUCCCAUAUUAUCGGACUGGACCGUGGCCAUGGAGGUCCUCUGCAAUAAAAUCCAAUUGUAAGACCACUUUCAUCAACAAUGGAGAUGAGAUAGCUUACCAAUACUUCUUCGAUGACCCCACAUUCAUCACAAGAGUAGUGGUAGACAACUCCGGAUUGCUCCAGCAUUUAGUAUGGAAUGAUGGUGAACAUCGAUGGAAGGAGUUCUGGUCUGCACCCACAUAUCGGUGUGACAAGUAUGGACAGUGUGGCGCGUACAGUGUCUGUAACCCCGGCGAUGUUGAUUUCGAAUGUUCAUGUCUCCCAGGGUAUGAACCAAAGUCUCCGAGGCAAUGGUAUCUCAGAGAAGGUUCUGAGGGUUGUGUAAGAAAGAAGUCAGGUUUGUCGAUGUGUGGGAAUGGAGAAGGGUUUGUGAAGGUGGAGCGUGUCAAGGCUCCGUUUUCGUCUGUCGCAGGUCAGAUGUAUUUGAGUAUUAUGAGCUAUGAAGGGUGCGAGCAAGCUUGCUUGAGGAAUUGUUCUUGCACAGCUUUUACAAGCUUGAAUGAUGGGAACGAAACUAAUUGCUUGCAAUGGUAUGGAGAGUUGAUGGAUAUAUUAGUGCAUGAUGUUGAGGGGUACCAAAGUCUAAAUGUUCGUGUGGAUGCGGCAGAUUUAGCCAAGAAUACAAGGAAGUCCGGAGGUUUUCUUGGGAAUAAGGGGAGGCUGGCUUUAGUAGUAACGUCCAUUGCUGUGCCAUUGUUGCCAGUAAUUUUACUAGCCCAUAUAUGGCUAAGGAAGAAGAAGAGGAAGAAAACGAGAGGUUUUAGGACAGCAAAGAGAAAAUUGCACAAUCAGUCAGUAAAUUUUACUGAUACCAAAGGCUCUUUGGAGGGAAAUGAGCUCGAGGACAGUAAUACCAACUUUGAUCUACCCAUUUUCGAUCUAAGCUGCCUAGUUGCUGCCACAGACAAUUUUUCUCCAGCCAAUAAACUUGGGCAAGGUGGUUUUGGCCCUGUUUUUAAGGGUCAAUUACGUAAUGGACAACACAUAGCUGUAAAAAGGCUAUCCAAGAGUUCAGGACAAGGGAUAGAAGAAUUAAAAAAUGAAGUUCAGUUGAUUGGGAAACUUCAACACAGAAAUCUUGUCAAAAUGUUGGGCUGUUGCAUUCAGGGGGAAGAAAAGAUGCUGAUUUACGAGUACAUGUCCAACAAAAGCUUGAACUUCUUUAUUUUUGAUCCUACAAGAUGCUCAACCCUGAAUUGGAGCAAACGCUUUGAAAUAAUCAUUGGGAUCGCUCGUGGGAUUUUGUAUCUUCAUCACGACUCGAGGUUGAGAAUUAUCCACAGGGAUCUUAAAACAAGCAAUAUUCUACUUGAUGAUGAGAUGAACCCCAAAAUUUCAGAUUUUGGUGUGGCUCGCAUACUCAAUGGGGACCAAAUUCAAGACAGGACAAACAGAGUUGUCGGAACAUAUGGUUAUAUGUCACCAGAGUAUGCAGUAUUUGGAAAAUUUUCGGCAAAAUCAGAUGUCUUUAGUUUUGGUGUAAUAUUAUUGGAGAUCGUAAGUGGCAAGAAGAAUAAUGGUUCUUAUAUGGAGCACCCUUCCCUAACUUUGAUAGGGCAUGUCUGGGAACUAUGGAGAGAAGAUAGAGCCUUGGACAUAGUUGAUUCAUCGAUAAAUGAGUCAUAUGUUCCCCAUGAAGCCUUGAGAAGCAUUCAAAUUGGGCUGUUAUGUGUGCAAGAAGAUGUUAGAGAUCGACCAGAUAUGCUGGAAGUUCUGCUUAUGUUGGGUACUGAUGCAAUCACUCUUCCUUCUCCCAAACAACCUGCUUUCAUUUUCAGAACAGCUUCCGAUGAUUUAAAAUCAGUUUCAAAAGGAUCUUGUUCUGUAAAUGAGGUGACAUUAACCGAAGCUGAAGGUCGCUAAUUAAUUAGGUGGCUGCAUUCAAAUUGUUUCAUUAAUUUUAGGACUAGUCCUUGGCAUUUAUUGUUUUUGGUGCUAAAGAAAAACUUCACUAUUUUUUUUUUUCCCUGUUUUCAUUUUCUCAGUUUGCUAAUACUGCAUCCAUUGUUACUUGUAUUCUGCUAUGACUUAGUAGAUGAGGUGUUAAUAUUUUAUAGUUUGAAGAACCUUGACUUUGUUGUCCAUCGAAAGAUCCAAUCAAAUCUUGAAACUUACCUGCUC